AUGAGGAACAGUCAUGUGCGUUUGAACUGCGGCAUUACAAUGCCUCUCAUUGGAUUUGGCACUUAUUCCUUCCCAAAUGAUAGGAAGACAACAGAAAUUGCCGUCCACAAUGCCCUUGAGAUGGGCUAUAGGCAUUUUGACACAGCAAAAAUAUAUGGUUCUGAGCCAGCAGUGGGCAAAGCCAUAAAUGAGGCAAUCUGUGAGGGAAAAGUAGACAGAGAUGACACUUUCUUAACAUCCAAACUGUGGGGGAGUGAUCACCAUGAUCCUGUUUCUGCAUUGAAACAAACUCUAGAGAAUCUGGGCAUGGAAUAUCUAGACAUGUACCUAGUGCACUGGCCUGUCAAGUUGAAGCCAUGGGUUAACUACCCCGUACCUAAUGAAGAUGACUUUGAAAAUUUGGAUCUUGAGACCACAUGGGCAGGGAUGGAGAAAUGCCUAGAAAUGGGGUUGUGUAGGUGCAUUGGGGUUAGCAAUUUCUCUAGCAAGAAGAUUGAGUGGCUAUUAGAGUAUGCGUCUACACCUCCAGCUGUUAAUCAAGUGGAAAUGCAUCCAAUGUGGAGGCAAGGAAGGCUCAGAAAGACCUGCGGAGAGCACAAGAUCCAUGUAAGUGCUUAUUCACCACUUGGUGGGCCAGGGAAUGCAUGGGGAUCUACUGCUGUGGUUGAUCAUCCAAUUAUCCAAUCAAUUGCCCUCAAACACAAAGCAACUCCAGCACAGAUUGCGUUGAAGUGGGGACUAACAAAGGGAUCAAGUGUGAUUGUUAAGAGCUUCAAUCAAGAAAGAAUGAAGGAAAAUAUAGGAUCGUUUGAUCUGACAUUGGAUAAUGAGGAUAUCAUGGAGAUUGAGAAAUUGGAGGAAAUGAAGAUUAUGAGAGGGGAAUUUCACGUUAAUGAAACCACAAGUCCCUACAAAACUAUUGAAGAACUUUGGGACGAUGAAAUUUGA